GCGAAAACAGAAGCAGACGCCAAAAUCAACGGCUUCCGUUACGUUUCCACAGUUUCAAAAAGUUGCUCCAUCUUUACCCUGUCGCUUCGAUAUACAGUACCAUUGUACAUUUUCAAACUCGUGACGUCGUUUCCUCUCUCUCUCUCUCUCUGUCUCUCAGCCAGACAUCGGCGUUCUUUACCCGUUCGUUCUUCGAAUUUCUAGAGCCUUUCGGGAGAUAAUACAAGCAGAUGAUUAUGUAUGAGCAAGAUCCUGAUGUUGUUCGUUGGGGUCUUCAUCUUCUAGAUAUUUGCCGUAUACCUAGUGGUGGUUCCCCUGGUAGUUCCAUUCAUUAUGAAAAGGAUUUAUCUCAAGUUGAAUGUGUCAAAGAAGGAUAUUGCGAGACAAAAUGCGACGAAGUGGAGAAUGAUGAGAUCAUUGCACAUGCUUUACAAGAAGAACUAUCACGACUUGCAGCUGCUGAAGCAUCUGGAUCUUCACAAGCUGGGGAAGAAGAUUUGCAAGCAUCCAUUCUAUCUCAGGACUGGCGGGUUCCUUCAAACAGACAUUUUACUGUUGAGCAUGGGGGUGAUCAUAGAGACACAGAUGAAAGGGGAAAUUCUGGUUCAUGUUCUAGCCUGGGAGAAGAAUCGAAUUUUGUCGAGAGCCAGCCAUAUUCCCCGGAGAUAGCAAAUGAGUCUGUUCUUGAUGGUGAAGUGGGCAAGAGGUUGAAUCAGAUGGUUCCUGUUCCUCAUGUACCUAAAAUUAAUGGAGACCUUCCCUCCGCGGAUGAAGAAAUGUCAGAUCAUCAAAGGUUGCUUGAAAGAUUGCGUUUGUAUGACUUGGUGGAGCUUAAGGUUCAAGGAGAUGGUAACUGUCAAUUCCGUGCUUUGUCAGAUCAAAUCUAUCGUACUACUGAGCACCACAAACUUGUAAGAGAACAAGUAGUUGGGCAGCUAAAAUCACUCCCAGAAUUGUACGAGGGUUAUGUUCCAAUGGCUUAUGAUCACUAUUUACAAAACAUCAGCAAGACUGGUGAGUGGGGUGAUCAUGUGACGUUGCAGGCUGCUGCAGAUACGUAUGGAGUCAAAAUCUUUAUCAUAACGUCAUUUAAAGAUACUUGUUACGUUGAGAUUCUUCCACACACUCAGAAGUCGGAAAGAAUUAUAUUUUUGAGCUUCUGGGCAGAGGUGCAUUACAACUCCAUCUAUCCUGAAGGAGAUCUGCCGGUAGUAGAGGUGAAGAAAAAGAAAAGAUGGUGGAUGCUUUGAUUAUGCUUAUGGGUCUGGCAGCCUAUUUCAUGCCGAACGAUUUUAUGCAGGGCAGAAAGCUUCUGUUUGUUGACCUUUUACCACUUUCUUGGUCCUUGGAGAGGAAGAAAAGCUAUGAAUGCUUUGAAGUUGGUCAACUGGGUAUGCUCGUGGGGUUUGCAGCAUAUUUCUCACACAAUUCUUCUAGCCACUGCAAUUAUGCUAUGACUCUCCUUGUACAUAAUAGGUUCUCUUUUUUCUUUUUAUUUAUUUAUUUCUAAGAAUAGGUGUUUAUUCGCUUCAGGCUUAUUCCUGAUUCCUUAUUCCUUUUGAAACUGUUUUCCUAGAUUUUUAUCCAUUGAUUCAUUUAUAGCUUUCUCGGGAAGUUUUGUACGUCCUUGGGCAGGCAAUUCUGUUUUUUUAGUGUUAUAUACUAAUAUAGCUGUGAAUAUGAAACACAAGCAAGCAUCUUUCUUCU